AUGAGCCGAGCGCGCGCGGACGAGGAGGAGUACUGGCACAGCUCCAAAUUCCGCGCCUUCACCUUCGACGACGAGGAUGACGAGCUGUCCCAGCUAAAGGAGACCAAGCGGGCAGUGAACAGCCUUCGGGAUAUUGUUGACGAUGAUGACGAUGACCUCGAGAAGGUCAGCUGGAGUGGGGAACCCGUGGGAAGUAUCUCCUGGUCAAUCAGAGAGACAGCGUCCAGCAGCACCACUUCCCUGGAGAGCCGAGAUUCCAGUCUGCCAAAGGGCUCUUCCUCCUAUACGGCUCUUCCUAAACAAGCCUCUUCCUACUCCCUAAGCAACCUAUUCAAAGGGCGAAACAAGCUUCCAAGUUUCCAGUCCCUUUCAGAUGCCCUCUCUGACACAGGGGUUAAAAACUACGCUCCGGAGUUGCGCAGACCGAAAGCUGAGUACAAGGAUUACAGCAGUGACUGGAGCCCCAAAGAUACUGUCAGGCGAAUGCAGAGGGGCAAGGUCUGCUCUCUAGAGAGGUUCCGCUCCCUGCAGGACAAGCUGGUGCUCUUGGAUGAAGCUGUGGCAGGGAAUGAUGGAAAUGUCAUUACAGCUGUCCUGAUAUUCCUGAAACGGACACUAAGGAAAGAGUUCUUGUUUCGGGAGCUGGUGGUGCGGCAGGUGGCCCUGUGUCAUCUGAUCCAUUUCCUCAAAGAGACGGGUGAGCAGAAGUUCCUUCUGGAUCUGCUCAGGUUCCUGGACAGGACUGAAGAAUUUGCACUGUCCCAGUACCGGGAGCAUUUGAGCAUUCAGGAUGUAGAGAAACGAAGGGAGUUUCUGAAAGGCUGCAUUGGGCUGCCAUUUUCAGCUGAGGAUACGGCUCACGUCCAAGAUCAUUAUACCCUACUGGAGAGGCAGAUAAUCAUUGAGAGCAGUGAUCGGCGCUUAGAGAAAGAAGGGGGGUCGGAGAUAUUCCGGAAAUAUCCUCGCAAGGCCUCGAUUCUCAACAUGCCACUCGUGACCACUCUCUACUACUCUUGUUUCUACCACUACACAGAGGCUGAGGGGACAUAUAGCAGCCCAACCAACCUGAAGAAAACCUUUAAGAUUCCUGAUAAGCAGUAUGUGCUGACUGCCCUGGCUGCGCGGGCCAAACUGCGUGCUUGGAAUGAUGUUGAUGCCCUCUUCACCACCAAGAACUGGCUGGGCUAUACCAAGAAGAAGGCACCCAUUGGCUUCCACCGGGUGGUGGAGAUCUUACAGAGGAACAACGCGCCGGUGCAGGUGCUGCAGGAGUACGUGCGCCUGGUGGAGGAUGUGGAGACACGGUUAAACCUGGCCACCAAGUACAAGUGCCACGAUGUUGUCAUUGAUACAUACAGAGAUCUAAAGGAUCGUAUCCAGCUGACAGCUUAUAGAUGCAAAGUGGAGCGGGGCUCUGCAGAAGAAGAGAAGAUAGACAGCAUUCUCAACAAUAUGCAAAUCCGAUGGAAGAACUGAGGAGCCCACUUGGCCUUUGCUUUGCCAGUGAGAGAGGAAACCACGAAAUCCAGUCCAGUGCCAACAGAACAACUCUGAUACUCGUCAUUGCAUGGUUAUAUCCAUCAGUGACAGUGGAUGCCUGUGGCUUGUGGGACACGCAUUUGGGCUGGUUGAAGGCAGCUGCUCCAAUCUAGCCAGAGAAACAUGGUACUGGUCCACCAGGAUUGAUUCUUUUUGGAAUCUGAGUCCCUUUGACUUGGCUGUAAGCCAAGCAUUGCUUGUGUUUACGGAUGACCGUCGCUGGGCACAGCAGGAUUAUGUUUGACCUGUGUGGUGUCUGGGCUUGUUCCAGCAAGAGGAACAGGUCACUCACACUCGUGGGUCUCUCCAACAGAUGACGCUGACCAGUCUCUGCAACACUCCCAGCUGACGUCG